CUCACAGGCAUAUGCAUAUCAUCCCUGCCGAUCUGAAAAACCCAUGCCGAGAUCUCGCUGUGUGUCAAGAAUAGGAGGCAGACUUAGAGGACCCUUGUAUUAUUUGUUGCCACGAGACCCAAGAUAGAGUGCUUGAGAUUGAGCGUUACCUGCAAACCCCAUCACAGAAUGAGCGCCGUCAAAUCUCGCAUUGCGCAACUGCUCUCCACCCCAGUGGAUCCGUCCUCCAUGCCGAUGCGCAUGAUGGGCAACACCGGUCUCCAGGUGUCCGUCCUCAGCUUCGGUUUCUGGGCGACGUACGGCGUGAAACCCGACUUGAAAGACCGGCAGGGGAUUGACAUGGCGAAGUCGAUUUGCAAAAUCUGCCGCAAGGCCGGCAUCAACCUGUUCGACCACGCGGAAACGUAUGGAAACCCCCAGGGCGCGGCGGAGCUGGUGUUCGGCCAGGCUUUGAAGGAGCUGCAGGAGGAGGAUCCGGACAGCUGGAAGAGGCACGACUUAAUCAUCACCACGAAGAUCUUCUGGGGCGGCCCGGGGCCAAACCAGCGGGGGUUGAGCCGGAAACAUCUGCGCGAGGGGCUAGCAGCGUCGUUGAAAAGGUUACAAAUCGACUACGUCGACAUGGUGUUCUGCCACCGACCAGACCACUUGACCCCGACGGAAACGGUGGUGAGGAGCAUGACAGAUUUGGUGCGAAGUGGGCAAUAUGCAUUGCAAAGAAAAGCUAAAGCAUCGUAAUAGUAUGAAUUGCAUCACAAAUUUUGGCAAGAAGGGAGGUGCUGGAGGAAUUUGUAAUGCGGUUUUCCGUUAGGAAAAACUUUUGUCAUGCAUAUUUGCAAUCAGUACGAGUACGAUACUUUUGCACAGGAUAGCCAGGCGCACUACUGGGGAACGAGCGAGUGGAGCGCGCAACAGUACACGGAGGCCUACUGGAUUGCGAAAAUGUACUUAUAAAGUAAUUGCAUUUAUGCAUUACAAAUCUCCUUCUCAAGGUAAAUCAGCAUUACAAACAAGGUCCACGCGUGGGGACAGGGUCCCCACGCUGGGGCCUUGUGCCCAUCCCUAGUGGCGCUAGUGGGGGAAGGGUGUUCGGCAUCGGGGCGGACAGCGUCCGCCCCUCGCCUCACACCAGGCGCGCGCAUAGUGGCUUAGUGCGCGAAGCACUAGUGGGGGAAGGGUGUUCGGCAUCGGGGCGGACAGCGUCCGCCCCUCGCCUCACACCAGGCGCGCGCAUAGUGGCUUAGUGCACGAGGCACUAGUGGGGGCAGGAAGUUCGGCAUCGGGUUGCCUCACACCAGGCGCGCGCGUGGUCGCUUAGUGCGCGCAACGCUAGUGGGGCAAGGGCGUUCGACUGUCGCCAACACCUGUCGCGCCCACCUGUCCAGGUCACCUGUCCAGGUCACCUGUCCAGGUCACCUGUCAAGGUCACCUGUCAAGGUCACCUGUCAAGGUCACCUGUCAAGGUCACCUGUCAUGGUCACCUGUCAAGGUCACCUGUCGCCGGGGGUAUGCGUUACCAGAACCCGGAAGUCAAGCAAUGUAAAUAUUAAUUUAAGCUUCAACUUACUUUAUCUUUACCUUAGAGUGAGAAGCUCAUCCAGUUCCUGAUCCACGACAAAGCACAACACUCAGGAUUUUGAAGUACUUGUACUAGAUUUACUCCGUAUUACGCAAAAAAUCCAAAUCUCAUCCCAUCCCAGGUACGGGCUCGAGCCUCCCUGUUUCGAACAACCGCACUACAACAUGUUCCAGCGCGAGAGGUUUGAAAAGGAGUACUUCCCCCUCUUCCGCGCGCCGUACCACAUGGGAACGACGACGUGGUCCCCGCUAGCGUCAGGUCUCCUAACCGGCAAGUACCUGAAGGGGAACAUCCCGAAGGGGUCCCGAGCCAGUACUCCGGGGUACGAGUUUGUGGAGAAGAAAGUGCAAACCUGGGUGAAGGACGGUACGAUGGAGAAGGUGGAGAAGUUAGCCAAGUACGCAGAAGAAGAGUUGGGCUGCUCGGUCGGGCAAUUGGCCUUAGCCUGGAGCAUUCGGAAUGGAAACGCGACAACGACUUUACUGGGGGCGACGAACGAGCAGCAGGUAAAUGGUUUGUGUUGGUUAUCUUCUAGCUAGGUCGUCUGCGUCUUUAAGUUGCCAUCAGUCGAAACGACAUGCAAGGAUUGUGCGUGGUGUCAACAUACUCACAGGCGCAUUCGUUUGUAAUGCGGAAACUGCUAAAGAUCAUUGCAUGGGCACUACUACUUCUACUUGAAAUUAGAUGCAACUUUCUCAGAUAAUCGAUAAUCUUGGCGCAAUCGCGGUUGCAAAGGGCAUGACCGCGGUGGAAGAUGCUGCUGUAGAAGCAAUGUUGGGGAACAAACCGGAGGACUAUGGAGGUUUUGGAGGAUUUAGCAGUCGAGGGUUUAACCGGAUGGAAACCUACUCGUCCGACACCGUGAGAGUGCCGUACUCCGUCGUCCCGAUGCCGAAAGUUUUAGGGCCGUCGCAGUUGUGAUGCUUCUCGACAGAUGCACGGCCGGGCGUCAAAAUCAAGUUCUUUCGCUUUAUUGAAAUUGAAGUACUAGAAGGAGCUGUUGCGUCCAGCACUGAGACUCAGCUCGCAUUCUCAAAGAAAAAAGAAUAAGUCGGCCUCAGAUGAUGUUUGAGCUGGGCCGCUCUAUAUUAUAUUUAGUUUGCGUUAGUAAGUGUAUAAACGGUUUUUAAAAUAAGCACUAGCCACAGAGAU